AGACAUUCGCGCUUUAUUUCUUGCAUCAGCUGGUCAGUGCUGGACGGCAGGCCCAAGCUAGUAGUUAGAUACACAGUACCUCUGUUAUAAUAGUCAUUUUUGUACCAGUUUUGCACUUUUCCUUACAAUAUAAGUAAACAUGUACGUCCUCAAGCGAGAUGGACGCCAGGAGCGUGUUAUGUUUGACAAAAUUACCUCACGUAUCCAGAAGCUCUGCUAUGGACUCAACUCUGACUUUGUUGAUCCUACUCAGAUAACAAUGAAGGUGAUCCAGGGCUUGUACAGUGGGGUGACCACUGUAGAGCUGGACACCUUGGCUGCAGAGACCGCUGCUACCCUCACCACUAAACAUCCUGACUAUGCCAUCUUGGCAGCCCGUAUUGCAGUGUCUAACCUGCACAAGGAGACAAAGAAGGUAUUUAGUGAGGUUAUGGAGGACCUUUACAACUACGUUAAUCCUCUUAAUGGACGACACUCCCCAAUGAUCUCCAAGGACACCCUUGACAUUAUCUUGGCUAAUAAGGAUCGCCUCAAUUCAGCCAUCAUCUUCGACAGGGACUUCUCUUACAACUUCUUUGGUUUCAAGACUCUGGAGCGGUCGUAUUUGCUCAAGAUUGAUGGAAAGGUUGCAGAAAGGCCACAGCACAUGCUGAUGAGGGUAGCAGUUGGGAUCCAUAAGGAAGAUAUUGCUGCUGCUAUUGAGACCUACAACCUGCUGUCUGAGAAAUGGUUCACCCACGCUUCUCCUACACUCUUCAAUGCAGGCACUAACCGGCCUCAGCUCUCCAGCUGUUUCCUUCUUGCUAUGCGUGACGACAGCAUUGACGGGAUCUAUGACACCCUGAAGCAGUGUGCCCUGAUCUCCAAAUCUGCAGGAGGCAUUGGAGUUGCAGUGAGCUGUAUUAGAGCUACAGGCAGCUACAUUGCAGGAACAAAUGGCAAUUCAAAUGGACUGGUUCCCAUGCUCCGUGUUUACAACAACACAGCUCGCUAUGUUGACCAGGGGGGAAACAAGAGGCCUGGAGCAUUUGCCAUGUACCUUGAGCCAUGGCACUUUGACAUCUUUGACUUCCUGGAGCUGAAGAAGAACACGGGUAAAGAAGAGCAGAGGGCCAGAGACCUGUUUUAUGCUCUGUGGAUUCCUGAUCUCUUCAUGAAGAGAGUGGAGACCAAUGCGGAAUGGUCCCUUAUGUGCCCAAAUGACUGUCCAGGUCUGGAUGAGUGCUGGGGUGAAGAGUUUGAAAAACUGUACACCAGGUAUGAGCAGGAGGGCAAGGCAAAGCGUGUAGUGAAGGCUCAGCAGGUGUGGUAUGCUAUUAUUGAGUCUCAGACUGAGACUGGCACUCCCUACAUGCUUUACAAAGAUGCCUGCAAUAGGAAGAGCAACCAGCAGAACCUCGGCACCAUUAAAUGCAGCAAUUUGUGUACAGAGAUUGUGGAGUAUACAAGCAAGGAUGAGGUGGCUGUGUGCAAUCUGGCGUCCAUCGCACUUAACAUGUAUGUGACACCUGACAGGACAUUUGAUUUCCAGAAGUUAGCAUCUGUAACGAAGGUCAUUGUCAGGAACUUGAACAAAAUCAUUGAUAUCAACUAUUACCCAGUUAUUGAGGCAGAGAGAUCCAACAAGCGCCACAGGCCCAUUGGUAUUGGAGUGCAGGGCCUGGCUGAUGCUUUUAUACUCAUGCGGUUCCCUUUCGAAAGUGCAGAAGCUCAACUCCUCAAUACACAGAUCUUUGAAACCAUCUACUACGCUGCCUUGGAAUCCAGCUGUGAGUUGGCUGCUGAGCAUGGACCGUAUGAAACCUAUGCUGGAUCUCCUGUUAGCAAAGGCAUCCUGCAAUAUGACAUGUGGGAGAAGACCCCAACAGACUUGUGGGACUGGAAGGAGCUAAAGGAGAAGAUUGCCAAGAAUGGUAUCCGUAACAGUCUUCUGCUUGCACCGAUGCCCACCGCUUCCACAGCCCAAAUUCUGGGUAAUAAUGAGUCCAUUGAGCCAUACACUAGCAAUUUCUACACACGCAGAGUGCUCUCUGGGGAGUUUCAGAUUGUAAAUCCUCACUUGCUGAAAGAUCUCACAGAAAGAGGCCUGUGGAGUGAAGACAUGAAGAACCAGCUGAUUGCUCACAAUGGUUCAAUCCAGGGUAUUCCCACAAUCCCAGAUGACUUGAAGGAGUUGUAUAAGACUGUAUGGGAGAUUUCUCAGAAGGUGGUCCUCAAGAUGGCUGCUGACAGAGGGGCUUUCAUCGACCAGAGUCAGUCCCUCAAUAUCCACAUUGCAGAGCCCAACUAUGGCAAGCUUACUAGCAUGCACUUUUAUGGCUGGAAGCAGGGGCUGAAAACUGGCAUGUAUUAUCUGCGCACAAAGCCAGCUGCCAAACCCAUCCAGUUCACCCUCAACAAGGAGAAACUGAAAGAGUCUCAGACAACCAAAAGCAACGAGGAAGAGAUCAAGGAACGCAACACGGCAGCUAUGGUGUGCUCUCUGGAGAAUCGUGAUGAGUGCCUGAUGUGUGGCUCUUAAAGUUUCUCCUUGUCUUAAGCAUCCUUGCUCUUCAACCUUGUCAUGUUGAGCUUCGUAAUCAACCGCCAGGUGUUUUGCAGUCAUUAAUGGCACUUAGAGUAUUUUGUCUGAAUUAAUACAAGGCAUCAAAUGAGGUUUCUGUUGCUAAUACUGUUGCUGUGGGACAUGCAUUACAGUCUUUUGAUCUUCUAUUUUAGUGCUGUACAUAGAAUGCUUAUCAACCAAAUAGAGCUAUAAAAUGUUUCAUAUUUAUUUCACUUGGCUAUACUGCCUAACAGUUCUGUACAGAUUUCCACUGAUCUGUGUAUGAUUGCAUUUGAUGAUAAUACAUUUCAGAAGCAGUGUUGAUGCAUGUUAUUUACAUAGAAUAUCUACUAUUAACUGUCCAGUCUGUAAAGAAUUGAUUGUUUUAUAUGUUAAAACAAUAAAUGAUUUGUACUUAAAA